AUGGCUGAUGACCAUGCUGCCAAGUCCAUCUCGUGCUACGGCGCCGGCAUCAACCACACUCCGAACCUGGACCGUAUCGCCAACGAGGGUAUGCUCUUCAACCACUGCUAUGUCACAAACAGCAUCUGCACGCCGUCGCGUGCCGCCAUCCUCACGGGCACACACAACCACGUCAAUGGCGUCAUGACACUCGACUCCAAGAUCAACAAGCGCCUGCCCAACGUUGCCAAGCAGCUGCGGGCCAGCCCCGCCCGUUACCAGACAGCCAUGGUGGGUAAGUGGCACCUCGGUGAGGGCGAAGCCCACGAGCCGACGGGUUUUGACUACUGGAGCGUCGUUCCGGGACAGGGCGAGUACUGGGACCCCCAAUUCAUCGAGCCGUCCGGCAUGACGAGGACCCCCGGGUACGCAACCGACAUCAUCACAGACAAGUGCAUCGACUGGAUCGGCAAGCGGGACAGGUCGCGGCCCUUUUUCCUGAUGUGCCACCACAAGGCCCCCCACAGGUCGUGGGAGUGCGACUACAAGCACAAGGACCUGUACAGGGACCCGAUCCGGCUCCCCGACACCUUCACCGACGACUACAAGAACCGCGCCAACGCGGCCAAGGUUGCCAAGAUGCGCGUGGCCGAUGACAUGACGUACGGCGACCUGGGCAUCGUGCAGCCCGAGGGCCCCGGGGGCAAGAUCGGCCCCAAGAUGAUUGACACGUGGCGGUCCAACGAUCGCAAGGUGCCCAACCCCGACGAUGUGACGGGGCUCAGGUUCAUCUGCAAGGACACGGGCGAGGCCUUCACCUUCGAGACGAAGCAGGAGCUGGCCGAGUGGAAGUUUCAGCGGUACAUGCAGCGGUACCUGCGGACGAUCCAGAGCAUCGACGACAACGUCGGCCGCAUGCUCGACCGGCUCGACGUCGAGGGCCUGGCGGACAGCACCGUGGUCGCGUACACGUCCGACCAGGGGUUCUUCCUCGGCGAGCACGGCUGGUUCGACAAGCGCUUCAUGUACGAGGAGAGCUUCCAGAUGCCGUUUGUGAUCCGGUACCCGAAGCUGAUCCGGCCCAAGUCGGUGUGCGACGACAUCAUCUGCAACGUCGACUUCGCACCCACAUUCCUGGAACUCGCAGGCGUGCGUGUGCCGACCUACAUGCAAGGCGUCUCCUUCCGGCCCCUGCUCGGGGGCGAGACGCCGGCUGACUGGCAGCAGGUCGCCUACCACCGGUACUGGAUGCACCGCGACGUCAUCCACGAGGCCUACGCGCACUACGGCGUCCGUGACCAGCGCUACAAGCUCAUCUACUGGUACGCGGAGGACCUGGGCCUGGAGGGUGCCCGGCCCGGCGGCGAGGAGAAGGAGUGGGAGCUGUUUGACUGCCAGGAGGACCCGCUCGAGCUCUUCAACUGCUACGCCGAUCCCAAGUACGCAGACGUGGUCGAGACGAUGACCAAGAUGCUCGAGGACAAGAUGGCUGAGAUCGGUGACGAGCCCAUCCACAACAGGCUCGACGAACUGGCCAAGGCUGGGCGCGGUGUACCUGUCGAGACCGGGGGCAGAAACUACUAG